AUGAUCGAUUUUCUACUUGAUGACAUCCCCGGCACCAUAAAACGACACAUAAACGAGCCGAUAUGCCGGAACGACCCCGCAUUUCUGCAACUAUUUUACACGUACUAUAAGAAGGAGGAGGAUAUCAAUGUCAUAUUCCUGAUGUACUUGAAAUCUAUCGGCAAGUAUCACUAUUUCGUGUAUGCGUGCCUUGCCCGCUACUUUCUCAGGAUCGGUGAACGGGACAAGGCAUACUUCGUGCUACAAGAGGGUAUAAUGAACGACUGUGUCGGCAAGGAGGAAUUGACGAGCAUAAAGAAUAUGGUUGGGUAUUUAAACACCAAUACGGACAUACUGCCCGAGAGUGUUUAUGUUUUCGGAAGGGAGUGGAUUGAAAUAGCGGUGAACUACGUUACUGUUGAUUCGGCGUACGGCGCCCUGGAACUGAAAGCAAGAGAUUAUUGGGAGAGAUUAUCGCAUACCAGUCCACACGCACCAGAAGAGGGUGGCAAAUCGUGUGAGCAUGAAGAUUGGCGCGGUAAAAGUCCAAGAAAAAGGAGGAAAAGCAUUGUAGAGAUGGUUUGUGAUGAGGUUGAAGAUGAUCGAAGAAACGAGCGUAGUAUUAUCGAGGAAGGCCUGGAAGAUGAGAGGAGGGAGGAGAUUGAGAGGAGGGAGGAGAUUGAGAGCUAUGGACCGGUGAGAGACACUGCUGUUGUGCAUUGCACGGUUAGAGCGAACGAGAAAGAAACAGAAAAUGCACACGGAACAAAUCUUGAAUGCCUACCAAGCACAACAUCGGUAAAACUGUUCGGUGAGGAAUAUUUUUGCACACCUGCCGAACAAAACAUUAGAUCGGUUUGCGAUGUUGUUAUGGCCGUACAUUCGCGGUUCAGCCUAGGAAACGCAACUUAUAUCGUAAAAGAGAUCGACGGCGACCUCGUAAAGAUCACAAGCAUAGAAAAUUACAGCGAAGAACACACUUUUACCAGCAGGGAGUACGUGCUAAGAAAAGUUGAUAGAGUUGUAAAUUUGGAAUCAAUACGCACCAUAAUACCUCAUGAAACGGAGUAUAUAAGGAUUAACAGACAGUUGUACACGAAAUGUGUGAGACCAUUUCUCUACACUCUCAAAGAAAAUGAGAAAUGGGCAAACAGCAAUAUCUGCGUAUAUUUCGUGGGAGAAGUAAUAAAAAUAUUGCGGUGGAUUUGCACGAGUGGGCUGUGCGUAGAGCUGUCACUAAGAGAUUUUGAUGUGGUGGACGAUGACGAAAAACUCAGUCUUAAGCUUAACAAUCUCAAUUUUGGUGAACGGAUGAGAUUUGAUGAAUUGGAGUUGAUGAUCGUGAAGGCAGGGAUAGCGAUGAGCGAGAGUUUGUGCGAGAUUGAGGAGAAUGCCAGCAAGAGAAUGCGCCAGAUGAACUUGGCAGAUGAAAUCAUGGAGCACAAGCUUAGACUGCUAAGCGGAAUAAGCUUUGAAUGA